GGGAGCGGGGUGACGGGGGUGCUGAGGUGGGACCCCUCUCCCGAGCCCCGCGGGUGCAGCACAGGAGGCCCGAAGCCCCCCGGCAUGGCCAGUCCCGGGGCGAAGGGGUCGCGGCUCUCGCAGCCGGCGGUGAAGAGCGUGCUGGUGUAUCGCAACGGGGACCCUUUCUUCCCGGGGCGCCGCGUUGUCGUCAACGAGAAGAAAGUGUCCAACUUCGAGGUGUUCCUGAAAGAGGUGACAGGCAGGGUGAAGGCACCCUUCGGAGCUGUGCAUAACAUCUACACCCCCCGGGGUGGGCAUCGUGUCCGGCAGCUGGAGGAGCUUCAGAGUGGAGAGCAGUAUGUGGCUGGUGGCAGGGAAGCCUUCAAGAAACUCAACUAUUUGGACAUUGGAGAAACAAAGAAAAAACCUGCUGAAGUCACUAAUGAGAUCAAACCGGUUACUCACAGUAGAAUCACUGUGUCAGCACGGUUUCAAAAAUCACUCCAGGAGCCCUACACUAUUUUCCUGAUUGCUAACGGAGACCUUAUUAGCCCUGUAGUGCGCCUCCUCAUUCCUAGGAAAACACUGAAUCACUGGGAUCAUAUUCUUGAAAUGGUCACAGGAAAAGUUACCCUCAGAAGUGGAGCUGUUCACAGACUUUACACUUUAGAUGGAAAACUUGUUCAUAAUGGGUCAGACUUAGAGAAUGGGCAAAUUUAUGUCGCAGUGGGUAGAGAAAAGUUUAAGAAGUUGCCAUACGGUCAUCUGCUGUUCAGCAAAUCUACCAUGAGAAGGCCGCAGGGUUCCAAAACCUCUGUACUACCUCCAAUUGUGGGCUCCCGAAAGUCUAAAGGCAGUGGAAAUGAUCGGCAAUCUAAAUCUACUGUUGGAUCCAGUGACACGGGAGAAAACAGUUCUUCACCUCAGCUUCCCAAAAGAAAGGACAAAAAAAGCCAGAAUCCAGAGGAUUUGGUGUCUAGACAACACUCUUCUAACAACUCUACAAAAGUAAAACAGACAGUAAGAGUAACAGCUUCCACCAGAGUCCUUCAAGAUAAUGGUGAAGAUCUUUUCAAAGCCAGAGAAGAGAGGUCUGAAAUGUGGGGGGCACCUGAAGUCCAGGAAGAUGAAGAUACUCGUGUAGAAGUUCCACUGGACCAGAGGCCAGCAGAAACUGUAGAUGAAGAAGAAAAUGCAGAGGAGGAAGAUGACAGGGGAGAGGAGGUAUAUAAAGGAGAAAAAGAAUACCUGGAAGCGAAUGGGGAGGAAAGUGGAGAAACUGUUAAAGAAAGAAGUGAAGUGGAAGAAAACAAGAAGAAACUAAAUGAGAAUUAUGAAGAUGAAGCAGAAGAAACAGAUACUGUUGACCAAGCAGAGGAAGAGGAACUUACCCAUUUAAACGGCAAGAAAAAUCAAGAAAAUGGGGAGGGGAUGGAGCACUCAAACUACCAAGGUGAUCUUCAGCCCGAAGAAGAAAUAAAAGAGGAGAAUUCAGAAAGUCAGAACCAGGUUGAUUCUCAUCUUGAAAAAACAUCCACAAAUCCAAGGGUAACAAUCACCAGCCCCCAGGAAAGUGAAAAAAAUGAGCAGAGCAAUGACUACGCUGCAGUUGCAUAGAUAGAAAAAAAUGUAAUGAGCAGAAAAUGAAAGAUUAUAAUAUUUUAAAUAGAAAAUGUUAUUUUUUGUGAUUGGUAACAUAUAAUGGGAAGACAGGUUGAGUACCCACCUAUUGAGUCUUGAGAUGAUAAUGCCAUGUGGACUGAUAAAGAAAACAAACAUUAAUAGCUACUAGAAGAACACAGAAUUAUUUUCACAAGGUGAGAUUUUCCGAUAGCAUUUGAGAGGGGAAAUACAAGAGUACUGUAGAGAAGUAUUAGAAAGAAAUUCACUAUUCUGUGGUAUAAGAUGGUUAGCAGUAAUAGAAUAACCACAAAAAUAACACUGUUCCAGAAAAAGGAAAAUAAACCCACCCAAAUUCAACGUCAAAACUUCUUUGCAGAUUUGUUCAGAAAAGAGAAAAAACUUUUGACUUUUCCUGCGGACAUACAUAGUUUUUCCUUUAAAAUUUCACAUGGUAUGGAUGAUUUCCAGGCAUAACAUUAAGGUAUAAUGAGAAUAUGUUCCUCACUUAAUGGACUCUUGCCGACAAAAACUGGUGUACUGUAAUGAGGUGUCAGUCCUAAUGUUAUUAAAUAGUGGAUUUUCAGUAUAUUAAUUAGAACUGUUAGUUUUAAAAUUCAUAAAUAGCACUUAUUUAGCAUUAUAAAUGAAUGUAGACAGCCUACAAUACUACUGCUUGUUCCCAUUUACAGCAAGUUUUGUUGAUUGUCUUGCACCAGUUCACUAAAAGUGAAUUGUUAUCGUAGUGAAAAAAAAGUGAAGGAAGAGUAUGUAGAAGAUUAGUUUAAAAAGUUGAGUUUGGAUGGAUUUGUAAUUCAGUCUAUGUGAAAUUUAAUUUAUUAAUAAAAAAGAAUGAAUAGGCCUGGAUUCAGACUGAAAUUACCACAAAAGCGUUGCUGUCAGUGGAGUCAUUUUAAUAUGAAAUAUGUUAGGAUGAGCCCACCAGUUUUCUGUAAAAGUCAGCAACAGUUGCUGCAUCGAUGAAUCCUUUACGUAGCCUUAAUGGUUGGAGGUGUGUCAUCAUCUUUUUGAGCAAGCUGGCUCCUGGUAGGCUGUGGCUUAAUUUGCCUUCGUAAAGAAGGCAUUGAUCCACAUUAUUAGUACUGUUAAUGACACCAAUUCCAUUGCUCUUAUUGUUUCUCUGUUAGUAAUGGGAGUAAUUUGUAGUUCAUAGAAAUACAGCCCUGAGCAUAGUUUCAUGAAUUAUACGGAAGAAAAAGUGGGGUUCCUUGUUGUUAGUGCUGGGAGAUUAUUGCUAUGAGAAACUAAAUGUCAUUUUUGUUGAUUUCAUGCCAUUAAGAUAAAAAUGACAUUUAUGAACUAAUUGAACUUGAAGCACUGUUUGAGGAAUGUGAAGAACCUGAAAUACAUACAAACAUCUUCCCUUUUUCUACGAUUAAAUAUGUUUUUCCAAUGGAAUAUAAAUAUGUAGAGAUCCUUCAGCAUAUUUCUGAGUAUUGGCAAUGUAAGUAUAAACCCUAUAAUGCUAAAACCCACCUGAACAGGGUUAGUACAGUCUGCCCUGUGGCAUCUCUGAAUUGUCUAUGAUUAGUGUGUCCUUUGUUGAACUGUCUGACAAAGAUCUGAGGGAAUAUUACAUUUGUGAUCAAUUCAAAAUAAGCUCCUAGUGUAGCCAAGGUCUUAAGCAAGUAUGCCUGCUUCUUUUGUUUGAUACAGCAGUUAAACCCAUGCUCAAAUAUUUUGAUUUCACUGGGAUUUAAGAAGACAUUUGAACUUAAGCAGAAGUAAAAAAACAACUGACUGUCCUCUCUCUCCCACCUCCCAAAAAACAAAAAACAAACACACGCACAAAAAAAUAAACAAACAAAAACAAAAAAACAAAACCAACCCCCAGCAUUAAUAAAAUAGCUGUACAUGAUAGUGUGGAACAUUGGCACACAGAAAUCCUCUAGGUAGCUUUAGAGUUAAUCCUGCACUGGAAUAAUACAUGCAAUAGCAUUAAAAGCCCUCAGACAAUAAUUACCCAGCCAGAGAAGGCAGGUCUGUCUUCUCAGGGAAUUUCAGGGAAGUUACCCACUGAACCUUCUGUGCAAAGCUGAGCAGGGAAGAUGGCUAAUGCUGUGUCUUUGCUCGCUCAGAGCUGCAGAGCUCAUGUGCUUCUCAGCAAGCCUGGCCUUCAGUGUGUUGCCAAAUGAAGGCAAAUGCCAGCGGUCUGGUGUUGCCGUUCCCGGGAACGGGCUCCUUGCUGGAAGUUAACGGUGGACCCAAGCCAGGGCUCUGCUUGCCGUCAUUAAGACUUGAACAACCUCCGAGAUGUUCUGCAUCCUCAAAAGUUUGAAGACAAAUCGACACCCAGAAGUACCCGAUGGAGACCGUUUGGAGAACGUUUGCCUCAAAAUGUUGUACCUAGAAACGCGGUUUAGGAGAAACUGAGGGAUGCACAUGGUGACACUUUUCUCCCCUUGGUUUCUACUUGCAGUCGCUGUCUUCCAACAGUUUCUGUCAUUUCUUCCCUCUUCCCCAAAUGUUCUGUGUCUUCGAUGCUUAGAAGAUUUGCAGAUGUCAAUAAGAGUAAUUUAAAAGCUUAAACUAAAUUCUAAGGAAGCAUAAUAUAAUCUUUUUUUUUUCUUUUUCAUGGGAUCAUGAAACCCUAUGAGUGUUAUUCAGCUUUUAGAAUGUUUUCUUGUAAGAAAGACAGGAUGUAUUUCUUCAGAAUAGCAAAUCAGACUUUUUGGAAAUGGAGAGAUAACCAUUUUAUCAUUCACCUGACAGCACUGACAAUGUGGAUUUUGUAUCAGGUUCUUUUAUAGAGAGAAAUUAGUUUAUGCAUAACAAAUAAUUCUGAUGUGAAAGUAGAAAUGAAACAAGGAGCAUACAGGUGCACUUGCUGAUAGUUUUUCCAUCUGGAUUUGCUGUGUGUGAUGGCUUAACUCAGUUUUAUAUGAGAAAUACAUUAUUUUGUUAAGCUUAUGCAAUGUUAUUUUAUUAAGCUUAUAUGCAACAGUUCUGAGGGGUUUUUUAAGACUUGAUUUCUUGGUUUUAUUUUUAAAAACAAUUUGAUAUUAAAGAGAACUAGCAUACAGAUA